AUGCUGCACUUUGCAAAUAAUUCAGACAAAACCUCCGCUCAUGCAAUUGAGUUUCUCCUCAAGCACCACUUUCUCUCGGCCACUUAUCAUGCAGCGUCGGACGGCUGUGCCGUAGUGCUUCGGAUAUAUCUCAUUCCUCACGAUUUUAGUGGUGUCAAGGGAGCUCUGCGUAAACGAAAGGAUAAUGUUCUUGCCCCUGGACGUCGAUAUCUUCGGGCUUUACUUCCCAAGGUCACACAGGAUCCCAACUUAUGGAAGGGUGGAAGUUGUUCUGAGAGGGGGAUGCCGCUGCUUUCUGACGUGAAGGAUCGACGGACCCUCGCUGAAAUAUACAGCGAAUUAGCCUCGCCGCGAGUAAUGCCAAUGUCUGGCUGGGGAAAUAUAUCUCCUCGUUUGCUCGACUACAAUGACAGUUUGGAUGGCCUGGGCAUGCGAAGUACCUUGUACAAGUAUCAACGACGCUCCAUAGCUGCUAUGAUGCAAAAAGAGUUGGACUUUCGUGAUGUCCCUGAUCCUCUCUUUAUCCCGCUGAAGACUAUGGACAUGAGACAGUUUCAUGUUCAACCUGGGACAAUGACGGUCCUUCAGGAGUGCCCCAUGGUGGCUCCAUGCCGUGGAGGAAUUUUGUGCGAGGAGUUAGGCACUGGGAAGACGGUGAUGAUCAUUGGUUUGAUCCUUGCUACCCUCCGACAAAUCUCUGCUCCAGAAGAGUCCAUAAUCGACGACCGACCUGUCUUAACGCCGCUAUCCCUUCGUCAUUUUCCAUCUCCUGAAUCUUCUGCUGCUCGUCGUCGGCUUUCACGAGAUCAACACGAAAAGUUCUCUCCCUUCCAUGUGCCAAGUCUCGUGGAGCUUCUCAUUCAUCGUAGCCGCACGACUCCGAACAUAAACGUACCAGAUACGAGUGCGCCUCAUGAACUACGGAAGAGCUUGAAAACCCAAACUAUAGAAGAUGACGUUGAGAUGCUUCCUCUGGGACAGCUUCUCAAGGAUAAUGUGCCAUUUUACCAUCACUAUACAGGAGACCCCACGAACAAUGAACGAGUGCGCAGGGCUGUCAAUAAAGUGGGUCCCAGAGUGAUGUAUUUGACAUCUGCCACUCUCAUCGUCGUCCCACCAAAUCUUCUGGGUCAGUGGGAUCGGGAGAUAACAAAGCACGCUGAAUAUCCUGUACGAGUUUUGAUUCUACGAUCCAAGUCUCCAUUACCAGCACUCAAGUCUCUUGCUUCCGAUUAUGAUAUCAUACUAAUGACAUAUAAUCGUUUUACCGCGGAGGCCAGCAAGAAAGACAUAUCGAAGCUUCAUUCUUCGGAUCCUUGCACCUGCCCAGAAUUUCCAGGCUCACGAGUUCCCAACUGUACUUGCCAGGUUGUUGGUGUAACUCCCUUUCUUCAGAUUCGGUGGAAGAGACUAGUCAUUGACGAAGGCCAUGUUUCGGCUUUCCUCUCCACAAUUCUGACGCCUUUCACAAAACUUCUUAGUGUGGAGCGGAGAUGGAUCGUGACAGGGACACCAACGACAAACCUAUUGGGUCUAGGUCUGGGGCGGAAGACUGCAGAGGAAGCGUCGCAUUCUGAGGAUGAUGAUGACGAAAUGGAAGACCUUUUCGGGGAUGAGGGAAAUGGUUCGCCAAUAGACAUCACAACCUCGCCGUCACCUUCAGAAACCUCUCGUUCCCCUUCCGCUGAAACGCCAGCGUCGCGGGUAUGGAAUAAACACGACCGUGAGGACCUUCGCAAGCUAGGAAACAUGGUCGCGCAUUUUAUCUCCGUGCCUCAGUUUGGAGCCGAUUCAAAGCUCAUGAACACACACGUCACCGAGCCUCUGCUUGAUCCGCAAGGACCUCGCCCAGGUGCCAUCUCAGUUUUGAACCAAGUUAUGGAAAUGGUCAUGAUCAGGCAUCGGAUCGAGGACGUGGAAGAUGAUGUUUUGCUCCCUCCUGUUACACAUGAAUCGGUGCUACUGGACUUGGACCCUCUCGUUGUGAGGUCCUAUAAUGCGAUGCAGGCUACAAUUGCCAUCAAUGCUAUCGACUCCCAACGGACUGACCAGGACUACAUGUUUCAUCCUAGGAACAGUGAUGCUUUACAAUUGACGGUCAAGAACAUGUCCCAAUUAAUGUUUUGGUCCGUUGAGGAUGGGAGAUACAACGUCGAUCAGCUUGCCAGAGACGCUCAAAUUCAUAUCAAUCGAGCUAUCGAGCGCAACACCCCACCAGAGGAUAUGAAUUUGCUCUAUGAUGCAUUCAAGCAUGUGAAGCUCGCAUCAGAAGAUCAACUCUGGAGAUCGGUUCAAGAUCAUGAAGAUAUUCCAUACCGUGUUUAUCAAAUGAACGAACAGGUGUAUCACGCAUGGUCAAGAACCCCAGGCUGUAGACUGGAGUCUGAUCCCAACUUCCGAGGCUUUCUGCAUGCUGAUAGGCUUCUCAAGAUCUACGACCUAAUUCUCCAUCGGCCCCUGAUACCGGAGGAGCUUUUAGUCACGGAGGGGAUGAAGGUCAACAUCAAAGAUCGUGCGGCACGCAAGGCUUACGUCGAAUCGCAAAAGAAGAAAUCCAAUAAAUCACAUCAUCACAGAAAUGCACGCUCGCACGACGACGUAUCCAGCCAAACGGUCGACAGUGCCAUGAAGAAGGCUGCCGCGCCCGAAACCCUCAAAGAAAUGCAGAAGGAGUUAGAUACCUCGAUGGCCCUUGAAAACAUCGUUGACGAUGACGAAUGUUCUUCUGCGCCCAUUAUAACGCCAGCACCAGCCCCCGGCCAAUCAGGUCUCCCACUUCUAUCCGAUCUCGUUAGGAACUCGCCGCUGGUUAAUGUCAGAAUAGGCUCCUCGGCUUCUAACAAGUUGAAUUACAUCAUUAACGAGGUUUUGAAGUAUUCAGCCAGAGAUAAAUUUCUUAUUUUCUCAGACUCAGAGCUUUCAUUGGCCCAUAUAUCAGAGGCCCUACAGCUCGUCCAAGUCAAAUUCCUCAGGUUUACGACCCAAAUACCUGCUCAAUUCCGUGAACAACUCGUGCUGACGUUCGAAACGUCCCCAACGUAUCGCGUGUUUCUAAUGGAGUUGAAACAUGGUGCUCGUGGCCUAAAUUUGAUUUCUGCUUCUCGGGUCAUAUUCUGCGAACCUGUUUGGCAGGCAGAUGUUGAAAGUCAAGCAAUCAAGCGAGCGCAUCGGAUAGGACAGACGCGGCCCAUCACUGUGAAAACUCUUGCCAUCCGGGGCACUGCCGAAGAAAACAUGGUCGCACGUCGCAAUGCUUUAAGUGGUAGCCAUGACAAACUUCCAAAGUUAAUCGAGGAAGCGGGAAUGCGGCACUACAUUGCUAAUCCUAAAUUCAUAGAGUAUCCACCGGUUUAUACACCAAAUAUCAAGAUCGAUUUCCCGUUGUUCAAGCUCCCUCAGAUUCCACAUAAACACCCAUCUGAGGUCAUCAAGUUGAAGAUACCUGCUCUACGUCCUUCACCACAGCAUCGAGUUAGCGUUGAGGGAGUCGUUACGCCUGAGGCCUCAACGUCGCAACGGCCUCCCUCUCCUUGGAUCGAUGCUCCACCAAAAAAGAAAUUGAGAGUUAGAUUCGAGUGA